AUGGAGUACGGUCCGGACCUGGAGGUGUUGGCAGGGGAGAUGAUGAGGAUGACAGAGAAAGAGCAGGAGGGUGCCGAGUUCUACCCCAUAGGCCUUGGGUCCAGUCCUCUGAUCAUUCACAUGGACAUUCUUGGAUUUUCCUUAACAUCAUGGGGAAUUAAUCUUCCUUCCCUCUCCCCCCCACCCCAAUUUCUUGCCUACAGGUCGGCUCCUGCUCCUGCCGGUGCCCCUCCUGCUGCCGGAGGAGAGGGGGGUGGCCCUCCCCCUCCUCCUCCCAACCUCACCAGUAACCGAAGGCUCCAGCAAACACAGGCUCAAGUGGAUGAGGUUGUGGAUAUCAUGCGAGUGAAUGUGGACAAGGUGCUGGAGAGGGAUCAGAAACUGUCGGAGCUGGAUGACCGCGCCGACGCCCUGCAGGCCGGAGCCUCCCAGUUUGAAACCAGUGCAGCCAAACUGAAGCGCAAAUACUGGUGGAAGAACCUAAAGGUAACAUAGAAUCAUGGAGUUGGA